AUGACUAGAGUUCACAUCCUGCGCCAUGGACAAGCCCGUCACAACGUAGAAAGAGGCUAUCCACACCGCGACCCUCCCCUCACAGACCUAGGCACUCGCCAAGCCAAAAACGUCCAACAAACCCUCAAAGUCAACCCCGAUUUAAUCAUUGUAUCGCCCAUGACGAGAACAAUCCAAACAAUGUACAUUGUGUUCCGAUAUCUCCUCAUCACAGAAGAUACAGAGAUUCAGGUUUGGCCAGACCUGCGCGAGGCCCACGACGCUCCCUGCAACAAGGGCGUUCCGCGUGCAGACCUAGCGGCAAAGUUUCCUCAUCUUGACUUAUCGGGGUGUCCAGAGCGCUGGGAUUUUUCAGCUCAUACCCCUGGUGAUGCGACGGUACGUGCCGAAAGGGUUCGGCAGAGGGUGAGUGAGAUCGCCAAGGCGGGGAAGUACAAGGAUAUUGUGCUUGUAACGCAUCGGGGAUUUGCUGCGUUUAUGGUUCAAGAAUACAGAUCUUAUCGAUUUGCAGAUACUGAUGAAAUUGAUGAGGACAAGAGGUUCGGUCUGAAUGUAGAUACAUGCGUCAAACAGGAUUUUGGACCAACACUGUUAAUACCACUGGCUGAGAGACGGAGGAGAAGUAGGUAG